GGAUUGUCUGGCUCGACAGCGGGCAUCGGGUCAUCAGGUAUGACAGCGGACACUAGGUCACCAGGCAUCAGGUCAUUUGGCUUGCCAGCGGGCACCGCGUCAUCUGGCAAGGCAGUGGGCACCGAGUCACCAGGUACGACAGCGGGCUCUGAGUCAAUUGGCACGACAGCGGGCACCGGAUCAGGUACCGGAUCAUCUGGAUCAACAGCGGGCAUCGAGUCAACUGGCCUAAUAGGAUCGUCAGGCUGGAUCAGUUCAUCAUGCUGGGUAGAGGCAUUAGGCCCGAGUAGAGGCUUCAGGCCGAGUAGAGGCAUCAGGCCGCGUACAGGCAUCAGGCCGCGUACAGGCAUCAGGCCGCGUACAGGCAUCAGGCCGCGUACAGGCAUCAGGCCGCGUAGAGGCAUCAUGCUGCGUACAGGCAUCAGUCUGAACCACGGAAGGCAGGCUCACCGGGUUAAAGGCAGGAUAGGUGCAGCGAGUGGGAACAGGGUACUGACAUGCGGUAGAUAGC